GGGGAGGCGGGCUGAAACUUGGAGCAGGAAGUGAACUCAGGGCCGCCCUCGGAGGAGACAGACUAGGCGAGUUCUGCUGCUGACUGGCCUGAGCUGCUGAGACAUGGAGGAGGCCAGUGGAGGUGAAGGACAUGACCGAGUGCGGAACCUGCAGAGUGAGGUGGAGGGAGUCAAGAAUAUUAUGACCCAGAAUGUGGAGCGGAUCCUGGCCCGAGGAGAAAACUUGGACCAUCUUCGCAACAAGACAGAGGAUCUGGAAGCCACAUCUGAGCACUUCAAGACAACAUCGCAGAAGGUGGCUCGGAAGUUCUGGUGGAAGAACGUGAAGAUGAUUGUCCUCAUCUGUGUGAUUGUUUUUAUCAUCAUCCUCUUCAUUGUGCUCUUUGCCUCUGGUGUCAUUCCCUCUUAGGAUGACACCACCCUGCCCUCCUCUUCGAGACAUCCCUCCAUGGUGGGCGUCAAGAAGGGCCCCCUCUCCCGUCCUUCUCCACAGGGAAUGCUGCUCAGCCCUCUGCCCCUCACUCUGAGGCCCUCUGCUACAUUGUCUGCCCCAGGAAGUACCUUGAUCCCCUGGAAGGAGAGAGCUGGACUGUGGCCACAUUCCCCAGGUCCUCAGGGUUGGUAGGAGAGUCCUGGAGAGCCCAGCAUGAGGCUGGGACACUGAUGGUGGCUGGUAGGCAAUAAAGACCCUUCAGGAUCCCUA